GAUAUGAUUAUUCGGUCUUCACUUCCCGACAUUGACAUCCCGAAGGUUGACAUUCUCACUCACCUAUUCCCCGAAGGCAAGCCAGUCUCCGACGAACCAGUCUGGUACGACGCCGCAAACCCACAGCUCCAUUUGAGCCCGCGGCAGCUGUUGUCAUGGGUGAAACGACUCGCACUCGGCCUCGACAGGCUCGGCGUGCAACAAGGCGAUAUCGUGAUGAUCUACACGCCAAACAGUAUCUGGGUGCCCGUAGCUUAUCUCGGAAUCGUUGGCAGCAGCCGAGCGUUCAGCGCUGCUAACCCCAUUUAUACCGUGCCGGAAGUGACCCAUCAGCUGAAGAACACUGGUGCAGUAUGCAUCCUUGCACAUCCUACGAUGAUCAAGAACGCUGUUGCCGCGGCGAAGGAAGCGUGUCUGCCAAAGGAGCGGAUAUUUCAGUUCGAUGACAAGCCAUGUGCGCCUCUAGAUGGCGUGAGGGACUGGCGUGAGAUGGUUGCCUCUGCAGAAGAUGCAGAGUCAUAUGAAUGGAAGAAGCUACGGGGCGAAGAAGCUGUCAAUACCGUUGCAACGAUCAACUACAGUUCCGGCACAACUGGUCUUCCCAAAGGCGUCUGUGUCUCCCAUCACAAUUUAAUAGCGAACCUUGAGCAGACCAUUGCAGUUCGGUGGCCGGAUCUCAAUGUUAAUGCGGGCGAGAGACCGAAGGAGAGAUGGGUGGGCUUCCUGCCGCUUUAUCACGCAUACGGACAGCUUUAUGUAAACCUCAUGGCGACGAAAACGAACAUUCCAGUCUUCGUGAUGAAGCAGUUUGUGUAUACGGACUUUCUCCAGGUCAUCCAAGACCACAAGAUCACCCACUUACAAGUCGCUCCACCAAUACUGAUUAUGCUCGAGAAGCGCCCGGAGACGGCGAAGUAUGACCUGCGGAGCCUUCAGCAUAUCCUCUGCGGAGCCGCACCUCUGUCGCGGGAACUGCAGAAUCAGAUCUCCAAACGGUUCAAUGUGACCGUCUGUCAAGGCUGGGGUAUGACAGAAGUAACCUGCGGCUCGAUAAUUCAGCGAUAUCCUUCCGAUACCGGGACAGUCGGGGAGUUGCUCCCGAGCACUGAAUGCAAGCUUCUCGAUGACGACGGCAAGGAAGUCGGUUACGACAGCCCAGGUGAGAUGUAUAUUCGCGCCCCGAACGUCUGUCUGCGAUAUUUCAAGAACGAGGCGGCGACGAAGGAGAGUCUGACUUCUGAUGGUUGGCUGAAGACUGGUGACCUCAUAAAGGUAAACGCGCUUCAAGUCGCACCAGCGGAACUUGAGGCCGUCCUCCUCGAGCACGACGAUAUCGCCGACGCUGCCGUGGUGGGUAUCACCCUUCACGGCGAAGAAUGGCCGAGAGCGUACGUAGCGUUGAAGGAGCACGCGCAAGGCAAGCUCGGCGAGAAAGAGAUUCAGCAGUGGAUGAAGAGCCGAGUUGCCAAGCAUAAGAAUCUUGUUGGGGGCGUGGCGUUUGUGGACGAAGUGCCUAAGUUGGCAUCUGGAAAGAUCCAGAGAAAGGUUAUGCGGGAGUGGGCGAAGCGGGAUGCUGUGGCGAUGGAGGAGCGAGUAGGGUCUGAUAUUAGGGCGCGGUUGUAG